UUAGGGCCGUCUCCGCCUAUAUAAGAAGGGGCCCCCGGAAGAAAACUUCACAUCAGAUCUUAACUCGCUUUCGGUGAGUUUCAUUCACAGCCGGAAACUUGCCACCAACUUUUAAUCGCAACAUGGCCGUUCAACAGUUGAUUUGGAUCGCUCUCAUUGGGGCUGUCAUUGUAAAUGGAUUUCCGGUUAAAUCUCCGCAAGCUGGAACUGAGGAUGAGCGACUGAAUUACGAAAAAUACGUUCGGCAAUUGGAAAAGAAACACAAAUUUGCCUACAACGAUAUCGACCAACCUUGGCAACCGAUUUCUGGUGACGACUCCGUGGAGAAUGACAGCCAUGAAUUCAUCCUGCAAGGGGACGAUUUCGUCUCCGUCAAACCGGUAGUGAGAGACACCAAACAUCAGGCGUCAGAGGCACCUGUCGUUGCGGCAGAUGAAGCGGUCGUUCCAGUAACUGAGGCCCAGAGUCAAGCUGUCACUUUGACGGACGUCGUGGCUGACGUCGAGGACGCUGUCGCUGAAGUCACCACGACGCAAGAGAAAAUAUUGGCCGAUCCAGUGGACAACGCCGUGCCCGCGACUACGACGCACGAGAAGCUGUUGGCCGAUGCUGAAGACGAUGGCCUUUCAGUGACUACAACGCACGAGAAGCUGUUGGCCGAUGCUGAAGACGAUGGCCUUUCAGUGACUACAACGCACGAGAAACUGUUGGCCGAUGAAGUCUUGGGUCAAAGUGAAACGGCCACUGAACAAGACGUCGCCACUCUCAGCCCUGUCAACGAGCCGGUGGAGGAAAGCACGACAUUGUCCGUCCUCAAAGUCGCUUUGAUCGAAGAAUCAUUGGUUAAAGUGGCCCAGGUUGAAGACUCUGAAGUCAGCGAAGGAUCUGGCCAGCCCUUGAUCGAUUCCACAAAUAACGAUGAAGGCUCUGGUGCCGCUGAAGUUUUCAAAAUUGAUGCCGCUGAAGGAUCCGGCUCAACCGAUGAAUUGUUCAAAGAAAUUCAGACGACCAUCCAACCGGAAAUUUCCAAUGACGAAGUAGCCACAGAGACUGAAUCCACUUUGCUUUUGAAUAACGACGGCCUUGCUGGUGACGAUUUGGCAAUCACCACAGAAGCAGUAGACACCAAAUUGGCUGCAAUUGUAGAGCAGCAGCUUGGCGAGAAAGAGGUCAAGCCCACAGACAGCCCAUCUGCAGAUGAGGCUGAACAGACGGAGAUCCAGCCAAGCUCGACGAUAAAAAUCGCUCACGCGGACGAUUCUAUUGAAGCGGUGACGACCGAUUCCUCUAUUGCAAUCAGUGACGUCCGACUGGAUUCGACCACAAAAGAUUUGGCGGAACCGGAGGAGAGCACCACAUUGGUUAACAUUGUCUUGAAGGAUGAAAUUGCAGCCGAUGAGGCGACACAAGAAAUUACAACUGAACAGCCAGAUAGUCACCCACUAAGCACCCAAUCUGGUUUUUAGGUGUAGGGAAUCUUUUUUUUUCCAAAAUUCUCCUGUGUUUCUGUUAUUAUUAUUAUUAAUAUUUUUUUUUUACUGUGCGACCUAAUUAUAUUUCAAUUUUGGUCCCAUAA